AUGUCUGAAUCAGGUAUCCAGCAAGAAUCCUCCUUUGAUGGCCAGAAGAAGGUCUUCGCCAGGCCACACUUCCUCCACCAGGCCAAUCCAAGGAAGGUCAUCAUAGCUGCAGACCACAAAGUUUUGUUGUCUCACAACAAGACGGGUAGUGUCAGCAGAGCCUCCAUGUUCGUCAGGUGGUGUUGCCUGUUGACCGAGCUUGGAGACAUGCAUCUGUGUCAGGGAGACAGGGACAAAACGAUGCUUGUGUCCACACAGGGUGCCACCCUGGACAGCGCACUUCGUAAAUUCCGAUCAAUAUGCGGAGAGGAUGGUGUGUCAGUGGGAGCUGCGGUCAGAGAGCAACACGGCAAAGAUGAAUCCGUGCACAGAUGCCGUCCGCCGGAUGUGGUGGUUUUUCCACGCUGCGUGGGGGAAGUCAGCGCCCUGGCCAAAGUCUGCCAUAGCCAACGCCUUCCCAUCAUCCCGUUUGGUACCGGAACCGGCCUGGAGGGAGGGGUCGGAGCAGUGAAGGGAGGUGUCUGCUUCAGUCUGAGGAAUAUGGAUCAGAUUCUGGAUCUGCACCAGGAGGAUUUUGAUGUGACAGUGGAGCCCGGUGUGACCCGGAAGACUCUCAAUGCCUACCUGCGGGACACAGGACUCUGGUUUCCUGUUGGUGCGUUCAGCAGCUCCGCCUCCAGCCAGGGCGAUGGGAUCUGGGAGGAAGACAAAAGAAAAGGAGACAGGAAGACGUCAGCGGGGUACAACUUGACAAACCUGUUUGUCGGAUCGGAGGGCACUCUUGGAAUCAUCACAAAGGCAACCCUGCGCCUCUACGCCGUCCCAGAGGCUACGCUAUCUGCUGUCUGCUCCUUUCCCACCGUGCAGGCAGCUGUGGACAGCACUGUGCACAUUCUACAAGCUGGGGUAGACGUCGCUCGCAUCGAGUUUCUAGAUGAUGUGAUGAUGGAUGCGUGCAACAGGUUCAGCUCUCUGUCCUACCCCGUCACCCCGACUCUCUUCCUGGAGUUCCACGGCUCUGAACGGAGUCUGCUGGAACAAGUCAAGACUGCUGCUGAGCUGAACACCUCCCAUGGUGCUCAGCACACGGGGCAGGGGAUUCUUGGGCGUAUUCUUGUUUAUUCCCCAAAAAUGCUGUUUUUUUGUGCAUUUGGAUGCACAAAUAGACAUGACAAGGGUUUCAAGCUUUACAGAUUCCCUUUAGAUGUCAACAGAUGGACAAUUUGGGAAAAUAAAAUAAACCGUUUGGGCUGGAAGCCGAACUCGUCUUCAAAGCUGUGCGAGGCCUACUCUACAGACGUGUGUGUUCCCAUUUCCCAACUGCCUCAACUCAUAGUGGAGACAAAGGCGGACCUGAUUGAGAACAAACUUACAGGUCCCAUAGCUGGCCACGUGGGUGACGGGAACUUCCAUUGUCUGAUGGUGCUUGAUGCCACCCAUCCAGAAGAAGUACACCAGGUCCAUUUGUUCUGUCAGAGACUGGCAAGACGUGCCCUGGCUAUGAAUGGCACCUGCACAGGUGAGCACGGGGUGGGCUUAGGCAAGCGAGCGCUGCUGUGCGAAGAGAUGGGGGCCGCGAGCAUCCAAGCCAUGCAGCACAUUAAGGACGCCCUGGACCCAAAGAACAUCAUGAAUCCAGGGAAGGUUCUCCUGCCAAGAGAGUCGUGAAGGGUCAAGUAUGCAUCCAUUUUACACUUGAAAUGUCUUCCCGGCGCGUGUGGGGAGUAUUUACACAUUAAACCUGGCUUGUGUGGCCAGUGAACCAUGGCGACCUGCCAUAAAUUUCUUGUGAUUUCAUGAGAAUACCGUAAUGUUGUAAAAUGGUGAGGAAAAAUAACCUCAUUUUAGCAGCAUAAAGUUGAAAUAUGAAAGAAAGCGGAUGUUUUUAAGUCCUGUUUAUGGUCGGCCUGUUGUUGUUCUGCCAUGAUGUCAUUUCAUGAUGUCACUGCCAUGUUGCUUCUUUGCCUGCCGUGUGUUCAGUUAUGAGGAUUAGCUGCUCCAGCCUUCGCUGACGGAUAUUUGCUCUAAUGUCCUAAUAGUCCUGGUGGCCUAUUAGGCCUUGGAAGACUCUACGAAGGCUCUGUGGGAGCCGAACAGGAGGAAAUACACGGAUUUAGCACUUCUGGAGAGAGGAAGGAUUCACAGACCUACAUGGGAGUACACUAAAGUACCACAAAGUCUCAGUCAUGCAGAGGUGACUGGACUUUAAAAUGAACGCUACCUAGCGUGGUAGCCCAUCCUUAACACACGGCUUCCACUGUCCUCCUCCACACACGCGCCUGCUGGCUUGAUGUUAAUGUGCAAUUAAAGUGACUGCGGAGUAAUUGACACCUCCCCUUGUGUGGACUUGUUGACUGACAGCACAUGCUAUACAACUUAGCCAUUUACUUUUGCCUGAAGUGUCCUGAGUGUCCGGACAUGCCUAACUACUCUACUACUCUACCUUUUGCUAAGUUGUUAGUGUCUUAACAGGGGUGCAAUGUGUAAUGCAUCCUGUAUGUGUAGAAUAUGAUGUGGCAAAUACAACCUCUCACGGUCUAGUCCACAUGGGAUUUGUCCAUUUAUGGACAUUUAUGGCUUUUUACCCAGCCUCGCCUGUAUUUCCAUCUCUGGAUGGUCAGGAUGUUUUUUUGUUUUUUCCUUUUGUGCCUCUGCUUUCUGGACCUGGAUGAACUGAAACUUGGAUACUUCCAUUAAGGCCUGCACAUACCGUUUUAACCAAUUACUUUUGCACUUCGAAAUUUGGCUGUCUUUGUUUGAAUAAGUUGCCCUAAAAUUCAACAUCUUCUGGCAGCGUUGAACCUUUACUUCAUGCAUGAAAUUAUUGUUAACUUUAUGGAUUAUUUUACCAGUUUGAAGAUGUACUAAAUGAGCAAAUUAAAAUAUUUGUGAUUUUAAAAAUAAGGGAUUUGUAUGUUCUCUGCACGGCGUUAUGAAUUAUCCUCACUGAUCUUUUUUGCAGUACAUUUAGCGAGUGUAGAUUGCUUUUGUAGUAAUUACCCCAUAUCUCCACACGAUAAGUCAGAUAUGGUAAUACCACAGAACAGGAAAGAGUGUGGAGGGAUUUUUGAUCAAGAACAGAUUUUGCUUUAUUCAAUACAAAAUGUAAGUAUUUCUCGCCACCUUUUGUUGUAUAUUUUUGAUGUGAGAUUUCCAACUCAUUUUUUCAUCUAUUAUGAUCCCCAGAAAUGUAUUUUCGUUCACUCUUUCAAUGUCCACUCCGUCUAUUUGUAUUUGGUCGUACGUGUCCUUUCUGCUAUUACCAAAUAGCAUUAUUUCUGUUUUACUUAAGUUCAAGGAUAAUCUGUUUUUAUCAAACCAUCUUGAUAAUGAGGCCAUUUCAUCUGUAACUUUUUGAAUUAGUUGUUGUGUGCUUUUCCCAGAACAAAAGGCAGUGGUAUCAUCCGCAAAUAAUACCAACUGUAAGUCCUUUGUGACUUUACAGAUGUCAUUGACAUACAAAUUUAACAGUUUUGGUCCCAAUAUUGACCCCUGGGGUACUCCACACAUGAUAUUUAAACUUGCAGAUGUGUAUUCUCCUAGCUUUACAAAUUGCUUCCUGUUCACUAGGUAGCUUUUAACCCAAUUCAAAACUAAUCCUUGAUUCCAUACCUUUAUAAU